CGCAUAAGCGGUUAUAUACACAAACAUCCAAAUUAUUUCAUUAACAAACAAUAUUAAAUAAAUAAACAAGUGUUAUUUAUUGUUUAUUAAAUAUUUAAAUAAAAAAUUUUUUAAAAAGUUAUAUAUAAAUACAAUAUCAACUGGAUAUUAAUUUUCAAUAGUUACAAGAGAAAUAAAAAAAUAAAAAAAGGUACAAUGAAGUGCUUGAUGAAAACACUUUUUAUUAUUACUCUUGUGAUUGUUCAAAAUUUUGCGUGGGAUCAACAUGACAACGAACUAUUUGAGAGAAGAAUAAUCGAGAGAUCACCAGAUUUAGAAACAGAUAGAAUGGCAAGAAAUAUCCUUGAUUGGAUACAAGGAAUAUACCAACAAGGAGGAUCACCACGUAAAACUCGACAGGAAAGCAAUGCAUACCUGCCACCAUAUGGAGUUCAAAGACCACCAGAAAGGCCAAGACCUUUUGAGGUACCAUCAACAAUAAGACCACAAAAUCCAUUUUCAACAGCAUCAUCAGGUUAUCCAUCAAGUACACCUUCAACAACUUAUUUACCACCUUCAACAAGUUAUGGUUAUCCAUCAUUUUCAAAUGAUUAUCCAUCAUCACCAAAUUAUCCUUCACCAGGAGGAUUUCCAACAUCAUCACCAGGAUCAACUGGUUUUCCAUCAUCACAAGGACCAAAUGGUUAUCCAUCAUCUCCAUCACCAUCACCACCAUUUCCAACUGGUGGAUCAUCUGGAUAUCCAUCAUCACCAAAGCCAAAUCCCGGUUUUCCAACUCCUACAGGAGGAAGACCUUCAGUUACACCAGGAAGACCUACACCUACACCAGGAAGACCUCCAGUAACACCUGGACCAUCUCCAAGUCCUGGACCAUCACCAAGUCCAAGUCCAUCACCUCCAUCACAACCUGAUGAAAAUCCAAGUGAUACAAAUAAUCCAGGAACAGGUAUAUCACCAGCUGUUCCUGAUGAUGAUGAUCUUAAUCAUCCUCCUCAUAUUCAUGAUAUUCAAGUUGAAUGUAGUAAAACAAUGAUGACAAUUAAUCUUGAAUUUAAUCGUCAAUUUGAUGGUCUUAUAUAUUCAAAAGGUUUUUUUCAAAAUCCAGAAUGUAAAUAUGUUAAAGAAAAUUCUGGACAAACAAAAUAUUCAUUUACUGUAUCAUUAGAUUCAUGUGGUACUGAAUUUAUAAAUGAUUUUAUGGGUGAAGCUGGACAAUCAUAUUUAGAAAAUGUAUUAGUAUUACAAAAUGAACAAGGUAUACAAGAAGUAUGGGAUACUGUACGUAGAGUACGUUGUUUAUGGGAAGGUAAUAUUAAUAAAGCCCUAGUUGUUGGUUUAUCAGUUGAUAUGUUAAAUCAAGAAAUAGUAACAUUUUCUGGUGAUACUGCUAGUGCAAAAUUAGAUAUACAAAUUGGUAAAGGACCAUUUGCACCAGCAGCAAAUGGUCUUGUUAAAAUUGGUGAAACAAUGACACUUGUUAUAUCUGUUGAGGGUGAUCCUGAUUUUGAUUUACAAGUACGUGAUUGUAUUGCAAGAGAUGAAACAUCAACAAAUAUUGUUGAAUUAACUGAUGAACGUGGUUGUAUAUUAAAACCAAAAUUAUUUGGUGCAUUUCAAAAAACUAAAGAUACCAUGAAUACUGGUGCAUCAAUUAUUGCAUAUGCAUUUUUCCAAGCAUUUAAAUUUCCAGAUGUUAUGGAUCUAUUAAUUGAAUGUAAUGUUGAAUUAUGUAAAACUGAUUGUGAAGCAUGUCCAGAACCUAAUCAGCAACUUGAGCCUGGUAGAAGACGAAGAGAUAUAUCAUAUGCACCAUACACACCAAGUAAUUCAACAGGAGCUUUAUCAGAACCAGUUAAAAUGAGACGAGGUUUUCGUGUUAUAAUGCCUGAUGAUUUGAGUCUAGCAUCAAGUCAAACACUUGAAAAAAUUGAAGAAGCAGCUAUUGAAGAAUUAACACAUACAAAAAAUGUUUGUAUGAGUUACAAUGGUUUUUAUGCAUCAUUUUCAUUUAUAUUAUCAACUUUAGUUGUUAGCACAACUAGUGCUGCUAUUUUUUAUGUUAAAUUACAAAAAAUCAAUAGAGCAAAGAGUCAAGAUUUUUAUGUCAAGAGCUAAACUCUCUAUAUUGAUCUUAAAUUAUACAAAAAAAUAAUAACAAUUAGAUUAAAUUAAACAUCAAAGGCCAAGAGUAACUUAAAAAAAAAAUUAUAU